UCGAUUUCAAUGGCGUCCCUCCCUCCGAUGUAAACAAAAGAGAACAGGGAUAAUUUGACUGCAGAAAUCAGCAGCAUCAUGAUAGAGAAGAGCUCUUUGCAGUGGUAAAUGUACUAUCAUAAAUGAUGCCACAAAUUUCACCAUGAGGGGAAAUAGCAAAAUCUUUUCAAUGGUUGGCACAACAAUCUGCAGAUAAAGCCAUGACUUUGAACCUGUGUAUGUUACUGGUGGCAGUUCUGCCCUAUGUCAUAGCAGAGAUUGAGUUUCAGUUGCAGCCCCAGUCUACUGCAGUGGUCAUUGGUCAGGGUGCUGUCCUUCACUGUCUAGGAGUGGACACUGAUGAAGGAGGUCAUCUCUCUGUGGUCUGGUCAAUGGACGGAGGAGCUGUAGCAGCCAAGACCUCAGUCUUUCAGAAUAACUCCCUUUAUGUGCCAAAUGUUCAACAGUCAGACUUAGGAGAGUAUACCUGUACCCUGAGAGUGGGUGGAGACCUGAGUAGUGAGAGAACAAGCAGAGAAGCCACAUUACUGGAAGCAUUCAUCAAAGACUUUGUUAUUGAUCCCCAACCUCCUGCGUCAGCAGUACAUGUUAACGGCACUGCUCAGUUUCACUGUGUCAGUGGCAAGAGUGCCCCGCCCCCUGAACUGUACUGGGAGAAAGAUGGAGCCUUGUUUACUGAGGGGGCCCAACACAUAGCAGUCUUUGGAAGUAUAGAGGAUGAUAAUGUAACUAACAGUCCUGGAGGGGAUGGCAGCAUAGGACAGCUGACAUCACUUCUUGAAUUCCGAGUCACGAAAUCUCAUGAAGGAUGGUACCGCUGUGUUGCUAGAAAUCCUCUCACUGGAGAAGAAAGAAGGAGCAAAGAAUCUAAUCUUACUGUGUCAUAUGAACCUGUAGCGCCAUACAUUCCACGUGGCGCUGACUUGCAGUCUUUCAUGUAUCUAGCAGGAGGUGUGCCAUAUUCUCUCCACUGCCCAAUACAGGGCUGGCCCCAGCCAACUCUCACAUGGUAUAAGAAUAGGCAUAUUGCCAAGGCCACAACAGGCAUGCACCUGUAUGCCAAUGGUACACUAGCCUUCUCCACUGUAGAUGGCAGCACCGAGGGCCUCUACUACUGCAGGGGAAGUUAUGGGCAAAACAGCAUUAUGUCUUCAACUUUGAACAUUUCUGUGGCAGUUUUAGAUGCAGAAUUCAAACAAGAGCCUCAAGACGUGGAGGCAAUGGCUGGAACGGCUACUACCAUCCACUGUCAACCACCCCGCAGUGUCCCACAAUCCUCUGUCACCUGGUACAAGGACGGCACAGAAUUUCAGCAGCGAUCAGGGGUGUAUGCAGCCACUGUGCUGCCGAGUGGAGAUCUUUAUUUCUCCUAUGUCCAGAAGGCUGAUGAAGGUCAAUACAUGUGUGUGGCUGUUAAUCCUCAUGCAAUUCCUCAGACAAGGGCAUCUAAUCCUGCAGUCCUAACAGUUAAAGGUAGACCAUUGUUUGUGCUGCCUCCUGUGCCUACAGAGGUGAUCAAGAACCACUUACUCCACAUGACCUGCAGUGUGGAGGCUGACCCCCCUGCCCAAGUAGACUGGUUCAGAAAUCAAGUGAAGAUUGUUGCCAAUGACAGAACGCAGUUUAGGGACUCAAACCAAGAACUUUACAUCACCAAUGUGGAUAAGCUGAAUGAAGGCAUUUACUACUGUACAGCCAGCAAUGUACAUGGAAUUGCUAAAAGUGCUGAAGUAUUUGUGAAAGUGCUAGUGCCCCCAGAGAUCAUGCAGACAGUGCCCCACCUGGUGAGAGCAGAGGGAAGCUACACACAGUUACAGUGUGGAGUAUACGGAGACCCCUUCCCAGCUGUCACUUGGGCACAAGAUGGACAGCCAGUUCAGUAUAACAACAGGAGAGUCCUGCAGGGCACUCAGCUCACCAUCACCUCUGUGACUACCUCAGACCAGGGCAACUAUACCUGCACUGCAACUAACAAAGCUGGCUCUAAACAAAGCACUGGGAGUCUCAGGAUUCAAGUACCCCCUACCUUCACCAGCUACCCAGUGGACCUGGCGGUCAAUAAGUCUGACCGGCUGGUCAUCCCAUGCCAAGUGUCUGGAGUGCCAGAGCCUGUCAUAUCCUGGAGCUUUAAUGGGCACGCUCAGCUACCAAACGGUGUAUCAUUAUCUGCAGACAAGAUGGCCCUAACCAUCGCCUCAGUCGAUGAAGUGCAUGAUGGGACAUUCACAUGUAUGGCAGACAAUGGUGUGGGAACCAGACGGCAUUCUGGAACAAUUUUCGUACAAGUCCAGCCCACCAUAUCUCACAUAGAGGGCAGGACCAUAGUGGGACGUGGCAAAGAUCUGACCUUGACCUGUGUUGCCGUGGGAACCCCAGCACCAAGCUAUACCUGGUACCACAGGGGUACCCUGCUGGCACCAGUCAGUAACAACAGGAUCCUGUUCCCCUCUGUUAACUCGGUGCUUGUGAAAUAUGUUACACAGAAUGACUCUGGUGUGUACAGCUGUCAGACACAGAAUGCUGCAGGGACGUCCAUACACAGUGUCCAUGUUUACAUCAGAGAUCCUCCAAGGCCACCUGUCUUACAGUCAGCCGUGCCGGUGUCUCCUAAUUCCGUCAACCUCACCUGGGUGCCAGUGCAGCAAGACACAAAUAAUGACGUGUCCUUUUUUGUGGUACAGUACAGAGAAAAAGUCAAAGCAGAUUACAUAACAUUCCAUCACAAGGUGUCAGCACCAGCAGUUUCCUAUGAACUAUUUGGUCUAUCAGCAGGGACAGAAUAUUUUGUGCGGGUACUGGCAGAAAAUGAAAUAGGCACUGGAGAUCCCAGCAACUCUUUACUUGUGAAGACAUUUGAAACUGCCCCAUCGGAGCCACGCAACUUCUACAUUACUUCCAUCCAAGCAAACUCCAUCAGUCUUUCCUGGGAGAUUCCGUCCACCAAGAGUGGUCAGAUCAAGUACUACCAAGUCCACUACAAACCAGCCAAUGACACAGAGGCUGAGUACACCGUAGAUGAGAUAGGUGAGCCACAGCCAGCCACUCACACAUACACCAUCACGGGAUUGAGGCCUUAUACAUGGUAUGAAGUCCGAGUGAGAGCAGCCACAGUGGAGGGUGGUGUCAAACUGUGGGGAAACUUCACUGCUCUUUUACAUGGACAGACUCUCCAAGCAGUCCCCAGUGCCCCAGUGACUGGCCUGAGAGCCCUGGCCAUAUCCAGCACCACCAUACAAGUAUCCUGGAAUCCAAUAGGAAAAGCGGAUAGAAAUGGACCAAUUACACACUACAGAAUCACAUAUGCAGAGGUCAACACCGUGGCAACCUUCAACUUGACAACCACUGAAACAUCAGCUACCAUAGCAACCAACCUGUUACCAUGGAGAUCUUAUAGCAUCAGCAUCAUAGCAUAUAAUGUCAUAGGUGCAAGUCCUAAAAGUGCAGCGGUAGAAGUGAGGACUCUGCCGUCUGCCCCUGCAGGAAGUCCCAGGCAGAUAUCACUGACUGCACUCAGUUCUACCUCCAUUCAGGUCAUGUGGCAGGUAUGUCCACUUUUACAGCUCAGAAUAUUUCCUGUGGAACACAGCAAACAAAAUGGAGAGAUCUCAGGGUACAAGUUGUAUGUUGUCACACAGAACACCUCGGAACCCAGGGUGAUCACAGUGACUGGGAAGGAUACACUGGCUGCUAACAUUAGCAACCUGCAGGUCUGGACCACCUAUAGUGUCAGUGUAUCAGCGUACACACAUGGUGUGACCCCUGAGGAGGGGCCGGUGUCUGCAGCUUACACCAUCAGAACCAAAGAGGGGCGGCCAGGACCAGUAGAGGGUCUCACAGCCACAGCAGGCAGCUACAUGGUGGAACUGUCAUGGCAGCCACCACCUGAAGCACGAGGAAUUAUAUCUCAGUAUGUCAUCACAUAUUAUGGCAUACCUAUUACUACCACCACAACCACAACAACUACUACUACUACUACUACUACUACUGCCAGUGCUACUACUGCUUUUAAUACAACAGAUGGGAAUGAAACUAUAUCUGACAAUGGGAUGAACAUUUCACUGACAGUGAGCACCACAGAAUCUCAGAGACUUCUCCAGAAAAGAGACGUGGAGCAGUUGAACACGUCUGUCUCUAUCAGCACACCUAACACCAGUAUUACAAUAAGCCUUCUUCAGGCUAACACCAGGUACACCUUCAGUGUUCUGGCUCAAACUGGGGGUGGCCUAGGACAGACAGCUGCAGAAGUCACGGUGGAGACCUUGCCCCCAACCCCUGCCCCCACCAUCCCCACCAGUGCACCCCCCACUACCCCACCUAGCACCACCACCACACAGCUACAGAGAGGCACCCCACCUACCCCAGCCCCUCUGCUGGACCCACGGUACCUGCCAUAUGUGAUAGGGGGCGCUGUUGCUGUCUUCAUCCUCAUUGUGGUGGUGGUGAUCCUGAUUGCUUGCUGUUGUAGAAGGAAGAGAAGAAGGAAGGACUCUGGAAGCAGAUACUUCAUCCCUCCCAGCACAGCCAGGAACAUGGACAUGCAGCUGGAGGUCCAUAGUCCUGAGAGACCAGGCAAUAUGAAUGGGCAGACCAGGCCACAACAUAUGCUGUGGGAGGACUCCUCUGAUACUGACCAUACUCCUGACCCUUACAGGUUACGGAGCAGUCACACAUUCCAACAGCCCUCUUCAAGUGGGACGUUAAGUACUACAGAGCAGGAGUCCUCAGUGUUAUAUGCUGCGCCAAGGGGGAGGAUGAAGAGAUAUACCAGCCCCCAGCGUAGGUCAGGCCUGGACACCAUUCACGACCAGACGCCUAGCCUCUCCAAUGGAUCACAUGUCAGCGGCAUAGUAAACCCUAGCUAUAACCUGGACAUAGAGAACAACCUGGACAGGUCAGGGGCAGGGGUCACCAUGAAGGGCAAGGAUGUCUCUGCUGGACCUCUAAAUGGAGGACCACGACCACAGGGUGAAUAUACAACGAAGAAGAAGAAUCGUAAAAUGCGUAGUGACAGUGCAGCUGCUAUAGCAGCAGAGCGCAAUCGCAGGACCACACUUUUGGCAGAAAACGACACAGAAUCAUUGAUCAACAAUGAGUCAGAGGUUGUGUAUGAUGAAAGAACAGCACUUUGAAAUGUGAAAGGAUGCUAAAAGUUAAAACAAUAUUUUAGAUCUCUCUUGUUUUCUCUUCCUCUCUCAAUAUAUAAAAUACUAGUACAGUACGUAUAUAUCUAUAUUUAUCUAUAUAAUAUAUAGCAUUACAUAUACUCAUUGAUGUGUGCAUGUAAUCUUGCCAUAGGCAUAUAAGUAAUAUAGAAGUCAAAGCUGGUUCUUUUUACUUGAUUGCUUUUUUAUGCUUUAAUGCUUUAAGUCUCUCUGCAUAUAUCUGCAUGUGUGUGGAUAUGUGCAUGGGUGCAUGUAUGUUUGUGUGUGUGUGUGUGUGUGUGUGUCAUACUGAUACUUGAACUAUGCAUUAGGGAAAUACUACUAGAUAUAUGGACAGUUAUUGUCCAAGGCCAUUUCUGUACAGAAAACUGUAAAAUGCCUGUAACAUUUACUUCUGAAUCAUUUUGAUUGAUGGAAUUGAUUACCAAGUUAAUUGCCCUAAAAAGUGAAAUAUGAAAAAAAAUGUCCAUGACAGAAUCUAGUCAAAUUGAGCUUUAUGUUUCUUUUAUUAGUAACAAUCAAAACUAAUUUUAUUUUUUAGUGUUAUUUCUUACUUAUUAAGUUUACUUGGAUGCAUAUAUUUUUUCUAAUGCGAGAUGAAAAGAGUGUGUUGUAGUUUAAGAACAUAAUUUUCCCUAGAUAUUAACUGUUUUAGCAUGUGCAACUGCAUAAGAUAUUAUAUUGUAUUAUAUUAUAUCAAUAUCAUUAUUAUAAUCUUGUGGGUGCUGUGGAUGAUUUUACACUUAUCUUUGUAUAUCAAGUCAACUUCAUAAGAUUUUAUAAUAUACCUUAUGAGAUCUGGGCUGUGCCCUUCCUCCUGUAAUAAUGUAUAAUCUUUAUUAUGAUAGCCUAAUUACAAUCAUAGAUCUCCACAUUAUAAGCACAGGAGUGUUCAAAAACAUUGACAUUAUGAUGUAAUACUCUUUGUAUUUAAAAGAAGCUACUUAAUUAAAUGGGAUUAUGUAUGAAAAUUCUCCACCCUGGCUAGCUGUAAUAUAGUAUAACGUAAUGCUGACUGCUUGCUGGUUGAGGUUAAUGACAGUACAAAAUGUAAACAAAUUUUUUUUUGAUCUACUUUCAUUUUUGUUGGAUGUUUCUAUUUUUAGAAACUUUUGGGGUGUAAAUUAUUAAUUUUCAUAUUUAUUUGAGUUGCCAAUACAGUAGGACUUUGUGAUUGUCUCAUAAGCAAUAUUCCAUUUAAAAUUUGCUGUGUAUUUACCGUCCACACACUAUCUUGCCAAAAUAAUUAUUUGAUGGUUCUGUCGUUUAUCUGCUACAAUGUGUCACUGCUGUGACACCUACAGGCUACUAGAUAUUUUGGUCACAUUCUAUAAUUCUAGGAUAUUGUUAUAUGUUAUAAUGAUAUGCGUGUAAAAUUUACUGAUUCUUCAGUAUAAUUCUUUAAUGCUACUUUAUAAGAUAAUUCUUUUUGAGGCUGUAAAAAUACUCUGACAUCCAUGUCUGACAAAUGAUAAUUUGAAUUUCUGUAUACUAUUAUGUUUUUGUUUUAAAUUUUGCUCUUUUGUUGAUUUCUUUUGCCUUCCUUAAUAUUUUUUCCAUCAAGUGUAAUUGUAUGUAACUUUUAUUAUACAAUGUUUAUUAUUAAAAUUAUUUUAUUAUAC